UCCCGCGUUUCGGACGACGCCAAACGAAAGCGCUCGCCGCCGUCUUCGCCCAUACUUACGCCCUGCUCGCUCUCUCCCUCCGUCGACACAUCAACCGCCUCCAAUUCGCCGCACAAGAAACGUAACAAAUGGGCGCGUCUGUUGCUCCGAGAGCUCUACGAUUUGGGCUUCAACGACGCCGCCGCCGCCUUGGAGCGUGAGGCCUGCGUGCAGCUUCGGUCUAGCGCCAUGAAGAAGCUGCAGAGCCUCGUAUCCAGUAACAAAUGGAACGAUGCGUUGCAGCUCGUGACGAAAGCAGGGGGCGAGCACGAGCAGCUACGGAUGAAGUCGACAAUGGCAGCUCGUGAGGCAGCACUAUUACUACUACAGCGGAAAUUCAUUGAUUUUCUACUUCUAAAGCAGCUACCAGAGGCCCUACACACGUUCCAAGAGGAAAUUCUACCGCUUUGUGAGCCCAACGAAACAGAAGUGAAGCAACUGGCCGAGCUUUUGCUCUGUAGAGACGCCGCCGAGAUGAAACAACGAGCUUCGAGGCUCUGGCAGGACGAAGAGCUACAAUUGAAGCUCGAAGAGCUCGUCAGUCCAGAGGAAAUUGUGCCAGAGGGGGCACUUCGCGACGUGGAAAUGCAAGUGCCGCAGCCCAUGAUGAGUGGGCGAGUUGCCGGGUCCUCUCUGGAGGUCCUAUCGAGUCAUAAGAACGACGUAUGGGAGCUGGCCUUCUCUCCGGAUGGCGAAAUGCUGGCGUCGGCGUCCAGUGACGGGUCUGUGGUGCUCUGGGAGAUAAAACUGAAGGAGAAAGCGGUGGGAUUCUGCCAGACAAUGGAGCUGAAGGCAGCAGCUCUCCAUGUGCUGCAGAGCCUCGAGGGUCCCGCAGAUUGUCUCGCGUGGUCCCCAGACAGUCGAUUCUUGCUGUCGAGUGGGAGUCGCUCUAGCACAAUUCAGCUCUGGGACCGGAUGAGCGGACUGUGCGAAAAGCGCUUCGAGCAUCCAGGAGGCGUCGUCACAAAAAUGCAAUGGCUGCCGUGUGGGGACCAAUUCGUGAGCGGUAGUGCCGACAAAUCUCUCGUUCUAUGGAAUGCUGGCGAGAGCUCCGUAGCUUAUCAGUGGAGUGGACGGAGAGUACUGGACGUCAUUGUGCACCCUCACGACAGCAAAGUGUUCGUGCUCAUUUCAGGCUACGAAAUUCGCGUUUACGAUGUCGCUCACAAGUCGGAUGAGCUGUUUAUCGAAUCGGAAAACCUCAUGUCGUGUCUGACUGUAUCUCCGUCUGGGAAGUUCCUGUUGGUGAACUUUGUCAAGCAAGAGCAACUCGCGUGUAUCGACGUUGGAACGGGCUCUGUUGUAGCCAAAUAUCAUGGAGUUCGUGAGCAACGAUACGUGCUUCGUCCGUGUUUCAUGGGGGCCCAUAGUGAGCUUGUUGCCUCUGGAAGUGAAGGUACACUACAUUCAGAGCGCACAGCUCAAGUACUUACUCAUCCAACGUAUGUGCGCAUUGUAUGCAGACGGCAAGGUGUACUUGUGGCAACGAGAUAG